CCGCCCGUUUCUAGUUCUCCGCAAUAAGUCAGUUCACUAUUCUCUAGUACUAGUUUGAGUACAGGGACCGGAGUGAGAACUAGGAUACAGAUAGUUAAAUCAAGUUACUCCGCGCAAGUAUAGUUAUUAUGUUCUGGUAGUUUAAACUUCAGUUUAGAGAUAUAAUAAUUCCUACAGAUGGUGGCUAAAUUUGACAGCUCCGGAUUCUAAAUCUACUCCUAAACCUCAACCUCAACCUGAAACUGAUCCUAAGCCUGAUCCCGAUCCUGAACUCAAAUCUAAUGCUAAACUGAAACCUAGAGUAUAGAUAUUUAAAAGGAAUUCGAAGACUACAAGUGAUUAUAAAAGAUUGUUGUGUUAACCUGUGUUUUCUAUAUGAAACCUUGACAUGAUAAAAAUAUUGUCGACUGUGAACAGUGAACACCUGACCUAAAAUGUGUAAAUAAAGUUUGAUUAAUUGCUUAAUUGAUUAAAAUAUAAAUAAACAAGUGAAAAAGACGAGUAAAGAAUGAACAAUAAAAUGAAAACAAUGGUAUGAAGAUCUUAAAGUAGGCUUUUGAAUAUAGCAGGCUGAGCUAAUUAGCUCUUUAGCUGUCAAACUAUCUAGAUAUCAUAUCAAGCUACCUAGAUCUCAAGCUAUCUAGCUGCCUAUAUCUCAAACUAUCUAUCUGCCUAGAUCUCAAGCUAUCUAGCUGCCUAAAUCUCAAGCUAUCUAGCUGCCUAGAUCUCAAACUAUCUAGCUGCCUAUCUUCUAAUGGUAUCUAGGUACUUAGCUGUCAAGCAUCCUUGUUGUCUAGCAAUCUAGAUGUCUAGAUCUCAAGCUGUCUAGCUGCCUAACUUCCAAGCUGUCUAGCUACCUAGCUGUCAAGCUAUUUAGAUAUCCUACUAUCUAGCUGUCUAACCGUAUGUACGUCACUAUGAACAUGAAAUCAUCCCUGUACAGGAUGUUGUUGUUGUUGUUGUUGUUUGUGUGUACUGCAGUUGCUGGGGAGCAAGUUCAAUGUAACAAACAACACUAUAGUUCUGCGUUGACCUCCUCAGCUAACUGUCAGCCUAGGCUAAAGGUUAUCAGAUUGGAGCCCCCCGGAAACCUCACUAUCGAAACCAUGACUCCUCUAUAUAUUUCAGUUCUAAGAUGUGGGGGAGCCUGCCCUACCUCCACCCAGAGCUGUGUUCCAACCAAACAGAGGAAAAAAGAUGUUCCUGUAAUUAUUGGCAGUUGUGGAGUUGAAUCUGGAGUAUGUGACAAGGAGUGCUAUACUCUAAGUGUGGAUGAGGAUACAGAAUGCCAGUGUUCUUGUUUAGAGAAACAGAAAAAGUGUGGUCCUGGUAAAGUAUUUAACUCUGGAACCUGCAGCUGCAGAUGUGAGGAUUCUCUAGCUGAUACAGUUUGUAGAGAAGCAGGCCGGGUUUGGCAAACUGAUAGCUGUACAUGUGGGUGUCCUUUACAUACAAUUGUUCCUUGUACAACAGGAUUAAAAUUUGAUAAUGAGACCUGUACCUGCCUGGAUCAAGCUUACAGAAAACCUGAAGAGAAAAUUUCAUCUGAAAGUAGAGUAGCAAGAAGCAACUUAAUAAUAAAGAUGGAGAGUGUUGAGGGGAUGAUUAUUGGUGUACUCAGUGGAGCUGUUCUUGUCUUUCUGCUCAUCAUCAUCAUACUCGCAGGGAAAGUGAUUUCCCUUAAAAGAAGACUUAAGCGUUUAAAAAGGAAUGGUCCUGCCGGAGAUCCGUCCUAUCUAGUUUGUUCAACUCUAGCUCCGGGUCCCAGCUAUCCUUCUCCGAGUCCAACCUAUCCUUCUCCAGGGUCAACGUACACCCAGUAUCCGAACCCCGACUCGUCCUACCCUACUCUGGAGACCGGGAAACGUCCAUAUUCUCCCGCAAGCCCCAGGAUUGAGUAUGAGAGGGUAGGAUUACUCAACUCUGUUGAAACAACUGAUAACUGUGGAAGUAUUAUUGCUAUACGGAACACGGAUUCUCCUAACCUAGUCUUCUUAAACCCUAAACUCAAAUCAGAUCCAUACGCAAGACUUUUAGAAUGCGAAGGGACGGAAAAGUCUGAUUCAAUAGAUUCCUCGGGUUCAGGUUCCAGAGGGGAAUCAGGGUUUGAGUCUGGACGUGGAGGAUCUUCAGGAUCAGGAACAGGAUACGAUCCUAUGGAACCUUUGGACUCCAGGAACAUCAGAGAAACACGAGGGAACUCAGGGAACGACAGUUUGUCUGUAUUAAGCAGUGCCUUGUCUACUCGGAGUACUUCCAACCCUAGUAUUUUCAGUGUUGGAUCCAGAUCAAGAGAAACCCCGGUUUAAAUGAGGAUUAGUCCCUUUAAAAAA